GCGGGACGUGGCGCGGCAGUGGCCGGGAGGAGGACGGAGGAUGAGGAGCGCGGCAGGCCCCUGCCUAUGAGGCCACCCCGUGAUGAGCGCCAAGGCCAAGCGGGUGCUGUCCACCCGCCCUGAGCCCCCCAGCGUGGAGCAGAUCCUGGCUGACCUACAGAGCACCCACCCAGGGGACCCCAUCUUCAUCCUCCCCACUGAGCCUAGCCAGGACCACAGCCCCUCCUCAGGCUCCCCACCCAGCCCUGCUGAGGAGGAGAGGGAGAGGCUGUACCACCUGAGCCGUUCCUACGUGGGGAUGAAUCAGCAGCUGCAGGCGGCCCGGGAGCGGCUGCGGGAGCAGCGGGAGGAGCUGCUGCGGGCGCGGGCGGUGCUGGAGCGCGACGUCGCCGACAUGAGGCAGAAAGCCUGCUGAGCUCUGCCCACCUGCCUCCUCCCCAGCGCUUGGCACUCCUCUCUGGGCACCCUGGACUCCGGGUGGCUGCCUCAGGACACCCAUCAGGGGGCCUGGGAGCGUUGGCAGAACG